UAUUUCUAGAGGACUUGGAAGCCAUCCCACCAGGCCGAUCACCACCGAUCAGUCAUACCACUUGUAGCAGUAACCAUGGCGGACGCAAACGGACGGAAGAGAAAGCGCGACCUCGACGGCUCGUCCAAGUCUAAGAAGAAGUUGGCUACUGAGCCCUCAACAGUCUCCGUCUCGUCGGUCCUGAGACCCCAACUCUGCCCCCCAGUCCUAACCUCUGCACCCGGAGUCCGGCUACCCAAUAGCGUCCCAUUCAAACCGUACGUCAAGCAAGAUGCUUUGUCCAGCAAACGGCGGCAGAAAGCCCCCGCGGUUUCGCAGGAUCUUGUCCUGCACUCAUCCAGCCACCAGACGAUGGACUACACGGCGAGAGAAGAUGGCAUCAGCGACAGCCAGCAGGCUUUGAAGCACUACGUGGGCAUCUUUGACCCCAAGACGGGCACGCUCCAGGUGGUGGAGGCGAAGAAGAUGGUGGUUCGUGGUGUGGCUAGAGCGAAGCAUGCGCCGGAGGGGGCCAUGAGAGCACCGGCCGACAACCAGAGCUACUACGACCUCAAAAAGGAUCUCGGCCAGACGUUUGGUACGAAGAAGGCGAAAAAAGCCAUCGAGUCCGUCGCCCUCAACGCCAUCGACCCCAACAAGACCAGAGACAGCGCACCGAAAAAGCUCGACACCGCAUCCAAGGCCAUUCUGCGGGAAAUCGGGGGCGUCACGGCGACAAUGGCCUCGCGCGAUCAGCUGCAGGCGGCCGUCGACGAGGCCAAGCCCGUGCCCAGGCCCAACCUCGAGGCCGAAGUCAUUCAGGAUGUCUACGAUCCCGACGAGUUUAUCGGCCGCGAGAUCCUCGCGGCGGUGCCUGUCAAAGACUGGAUCGAUCCGGCAAAGAACGGCGAGGAAAUCUUGUGCUACUCGCGGCACGUGGCCUCGCGGGUCAAGAAGGUGGCCGACUCGGGCAGUGUCGCCAAGAUGCGGCUGCUGCGUUACUUUUACUUCCUUUUCACCUUCUACAUCAUGGCGGCGCCGGGCAAGCAGCGCGGCACGAAGCGCGUGCCGCCGCGCGACAAGCUCAAGGAGCGCAUGUCGCCGGCGCCGCAGGUCGUCAUCGAGCAGAUCCGCCGCAAGUUCUCGGACGGCGGCGAGAUGCGCAAGUUCCACCUCGACCUGCUUGUGACGCACUGCUGCGCGAUCGCGUGCAUCAUCGACAACUUCGAGGUCGACACGUCCCAGUUGCGCGAGGACCUGCGGCUCGACCAGAAGGACAUAAACAACUAUUUCUACGAGAUCGGCGCAAAGGUGAAGCAGGUCGCCACCAAGGAGAAGGGCAGGCCCGCGCACGUCGCCAAGCUCGCGCUUCCGCUCAACUUCCCCAAGCUCCGAUCAGUCGCACCGAAACGCCGUUAGGGUGGUGAUUUUGGCGAUUACGAGCUGUUCAAAACGCCGGAGAGGGUGCGGAGGGAGAGUGUCAGGGUCAAAUAGACCUGAGGCGACGGGCAGAUGCCACUACAAAUAUAAGGGGGAGGUCUUGCUGGCCGGUUAUUAUUUGCGGUGCUGGGGAGAAAGCAUGACACACGCCCCUCGCCCCUCUCGCCUCUGUCGAAUGUGGGCGGCAGGGGCAUUAGUUGAAGCAUCUCCGAGACGAUGCGUGUCGACAGUCGACACUGAUGAUGAUACCUACGCACUGUUUACUCAGUAGAGGAGCGUAUAUUCGCAUACGUUGGUCCACAUAGGAUAUGGAGUUCAAAAUUCUUCCUUUCGUAAC